AUGCAACUGCCCCCGCCGCCAGCUCUGCGCUCGGCACUCAAGCAUCCGGCGGUGUCGCGGCCAUCGUCGCCGUCCCCGCCGCUGUUGUCGCCGACGACCGGCCCACGUGAUGGUAGCAACACACACCUCUCGUCUCCACCGCCCCCGACGAGGUCAACGUCAAGCUCGUCUCUGGUAGGGAUCUUGCUCAACUCAGCAUCUAGCAGGCCAUCUACCGCCGUAACAUCAGGCACCUCCAUGGGCACCCUUUCACCAGGCUCACCACCGGUACCCGGUCCCGGUCUGCCCAUCGCAGCUCAGGGCUACACCCCCAAGGUCUCUUUCGACACCUUCGAAAACCCCGCCGCGUCCAUGUUCUCCUACACCCUACGUGUUGAAUCGGAAGGCUACACACGCAACCCAGCCACCCGAGUCUUUCUUUGUGCUUCCAGCCCAGAUGAGAGUGGCCGUGGGGCGUUGGACUGGGCCGUCGAAUGUCUCGUACAAGACGGCGAUGAGCUUAUCGUAUUUAGAGGCAUAGACCAAGAUGAACUCGACAAAGACCAUGAACUCGUCCGCGAAGAGGCACGCGAAUUGAUGAGACAAAUUCAGGAAAAAUGCGUGGAAUACGAUCCAGAGCGAAAGCUGUCCAUCGUACUCGAGUUCAUUGCUGGCCGCCCGACAACGACCCUCGAUCGUCUCAUCGCCCUCUACCGUCCUGAUUCCGUCGUCGUCGGCAUGAGAGGACAGCGAGGUGUAAUGUCUGGUGUUCUUAAUUUUGGUACUGCAGGCGUUUUCAAUAGUGCUGGUCUUUCAUCCACUUCUCUCUCUCAAGGCGUUGGCUCAGUGUCUAGAUAUACUCUCUCUCACUCCCCUGUGCCCGUUAUUGUCGUCCGGCCAGAGAGCAAGCUCCGCAAAGUCUUGGAAAAGCGCAAACGUGACCCCAAACGGGGCACACACUUUGACGAGCUUGUCCGUGAAAAGUCCCAAAAUGCAAACUUGACACGGCCAUCGACGAGCAGGACCUAA